AUGAUAUCAACAGACAUCAUUAACAGUAUCUUCCCUAGGGAUACGUUAAAUGAUAUUGAAACUGAUUUGGAGAAUGAUUUGGCAUUAUUCUUGGAAUGGAUAUCGUUUAAACCUCCGUUAAUGGAUCCAUCUCCACGUAUUAGAGUAGCUAUUAAGAAUGUAGUAAAUAUUAACAAUUUUAAUGGUUACUUACACAAUUCCAUUAAUAAUAACUUCCCUGAUAUCACCAUAACAACCAUAGAUGAAACCAUGAUGAAUAUUAAACAAGUAUAUCAAUUUUAUUCCGAUAUCGGUAAGUUUUUAGGGUUAGAUAUAUCACCUAUAAUCAAUUAUAAGUUCCAAAUAUUGCUUGAAAAACCUCAAUUCCAACAUCUUUUAAUUACUUACUUUGAUGAUAAUCUUCUUCAAUUUGAUGAUUGUUUACUGCCAGUAUCACCAAAAUUUAAUCCUCCUGCCGGCGAUAAGGGACUUAAGGGAGAUACCGGAGAUACGUUUUUUUAUCAAUAUUUACCUAUUUUUAAUCAAUUAAAUGUUGGUGAUAAUAUAAUGAAGAUAGUGGUAUCUGUUCUUAUUAAGAAAAUCAAAGAAUAUAUUCUAAAUAAUUGUGUCAACUAUGAAUUAUUCUUCAUUGAUAGUAUAAAUCAAUGGAUUAAAACGAUGAUUUAUCCCAAUUUCAAGAUUCUUUUAAGAUCCAUAGAUGCUAAUUUCAAUUACCUUUCAGAAAUAUUAACCAUAAGUCAUAAUGAAUUCAUAAGUUUAAGAAUAAAUCAAAUUUUCGAUAUGGUCAAAGCAUACCCUCAAUCUGAACCGGGAUUGAUCGAACUUAAUAAAUGUUUAAACUUUAAAAACGAAAGUCAUAACCAGAGAGAUCGCUUAGUAUCGAUAUUCUUAGACAAGAUCGAUAGUGAGCUCUUGAAUAGUGGGAUAAAUACCAUAAACUUAAUUAAGAUGUAUAUCAAGAUUAUCAAGUCUUUCUUGAUAAUUGAUGCCAAAGGAGUGUUGUUAGAUAAAGUUAUACGGCCAUUGAGGGCAUAUCUUAAACAUAGGGAUGAUAUAAUCCAGAAAUUGGUCAUUGGUCUUAUAGAUGAUUCUUCAUCCAAUGAAUUAAUAGCAUUAAAUAUCGAAUUAUCUAAGCUGGAGAAACGGAAAUUGAAAAUUGAUGAAUUUAGUGAUUUGAACUGGGUCCCUGAUCCUAUAGAUGCUUUGCCUGACUUCAAAAAUUUCAAAAUUAAAGAUAUAAUAGAAAGUUUGAUAUCAAUAUUCGAUUCUAAAGAGAUAUUCAUCAACGAAUUCACCAAGUUUUUCGGUAACAAGUUGAUCAAUAGAUCGGACAAUGAUAUCAGUAAGAUCUUGAAGUUGAUAAACUUACUUAAGUUGAGAUUCGGUAAGAAUGAGUUCUUCAAUUUGGAUAUAAUGAUCCAAGAUAUCCUCAAUUCUUCACCUCAAUUAACAGUGUUAUCGCAUUUAUAUUGGUCAGAUAUCAUUCCUGAAUCAACAGGUUCGGUUCAUGAAGAGUUGAACAAGGAGUUUGCUCAUUUCAAUAAGAAUUUCCAGAAAAAGAGUUUCAAUAGAUAUUUGAAGAUGAUCCCUGAACUUUCUAAAGUGACCUUGAAGGUUAAUGGGAAGAAUUAUCAGGUCGACAUGCACCAUGCUUCAGUAAUCAUGAUGUUCAAGGAUAAAGAAGAGGUGGGUUUAGAUGAAGUGGUGAGAGAAUUGAAUAUGAAUGAGUAUAAUGCUGGGAAUGUAUUGAAGUUUUGGGUCGAAGAGGGGGUUUUAUUGAAGUUAGGAGGUGUUUAUGUGACCAAUGAUUGA